GCAAGACUCACUACUUGUCAGUGUCAUGCAUGGCUGUGGCAUGUACAAUUGUCCCAAGGAUUAGAAGAUGAAGUGAUGAUGGUGGAGGCAACCAAUGCCCCUUUAAGAAAUGUUUCUUCCGGAGACGGACACAGCAAGAGUCUGUCUUUUCCGUGGAAGGUCACUUUACUGUCGAGUGUGCUGAUCACUGCUAUUGUGGUAGAGGUACUGGGCAAACUGUUGGUCAUUGCAUCAGUCAUCAAAAACAGAAAACUCUGGAAAGCAGGAAAUGCCUUUGUGGUGAGUUUGGCUGUGGCAGAUCUAGUAGUGGCCAUCUACCCUUACCCUCUGCUCUUGACAGCCAUUUUCCACAACGACUGGAUUGCUGGCACCUUCCACUGCCAAAUCAGCCGCUUCCUAAUGGGGCUCAGUGUCAUCAGCUCCAUCUUCAACAUCACAGGCAUCACCAUCAACCGCUACUGCUACAUCUGCCACAGCCUGAAGUAUGACAGGCUCUUCUCCAGCAAGAACACCGUGUGCUACAUGACCCUAGGGUGGUCCCUCACCAUCCUGGCCAUCGUGCCCAACUGGUUUGUGGAGUCGCUGAAGUAUGACCCAUUCGUCUACUCAUGCACAUUUGCCCAAUCUGUGAGCUCCCUCUACACCGUCGCUGUGGUGGUGGUGCAUUUCAUCCUGCUCAUUGGCAUCGUCACCUACUGUUACCUUCGCAUCUGGGUGCUCGUCAUUCACGUUCUGCAUUGCAUCAAGCCAGAAGGCCAGUCCAAGAUCAAGCCACACGAUGUGCGCAACCUUCUCACCAUCUUUGUGGUGCUCAUGCUGUUUGCCAUGUGCUUGGCACCACUGAACUUCAUUGGCCUAAACGUGGCUGUGCGCCCUGCCCUGGGUCAAGCUAUCCCAGAGUGGAAUAUCACAGCCAACUACUUCAUGGCUUAUUUCAACAGCUGCCUCAAUGCUGUCAUCUAUGGUGCCCUCAACCACAAUUUUCGGAAGGAGUACAAAAGGAUUGUAUUCACUCUAUUCAAGUUCCAUUGCUGA